AAAAACACGUACACAAGUAUUAAAAGAACGUGAUCGUUUAGGACAUUGUUUUUAUCGUUUUUCAUGUGGUGAAAGUGAUGCUGAUGUAUAUGAUCGUGCAUCAUUAUUUCUUGAUACAUUAUUUCGUGAAAUGGAUAAUGGACAUCAUGAUUCAACACAAAAUAUACUGAUUGUAUCACAUGAACUAUUCAUAUGUUUAUUUCUCAUGCGUUAUUUUCAUUGGAAAGUCGAUCAGUUAAAUAGUUUGAAAGCAUUAGAUAAUUGUGAAAUAUGUGAAUUAAUAAAAAAGGAUGGUGUCUAUACACUUGAUGGACAUACAAGACCACCAACACAAUCAUCAUAA